GUUUCUUUAAACUGAUUCCAUUUUAAUGAGGAUUAAACAUGUCCUCUUGACAGGACAGGUUAAAAAUAAGACUGGACAGAGGUAAUUUUAGAUUUAAUCCAGCAGCACCCGAGCAUGAAUGAAUGGCUUUAUGAUUCCGAUGAAUCGCUUUAGACAGACUCAAAACAAGCUUUUUAUACAGGUUAAUUCAGGUUCACGUGAACAUAAAACUCUUCAAAACAAUCCAGUCGAAAUGAGAUGUACAUCAGAACCCAUGAGCAGUGAGCUGCGUUAUGCAAUUCUUACACACCAGAUUUAACUCAUCAGCUCAUUAACACUCUCACUGAGGAUUAAGUGAGUGUGUCAGAGAAGGAAGAGUGUAAACUGUGCACUGAGGAUCUACAGGAACAGGACGGAGAGUCAGUGAGGAUCUACUACAGGAACAGCACUGAGAGUCAGUGAGGGUCUACAGGAACAGGACUGAGAGUCAGUGAGGAUCUACUACAGGAACAGGACUGAGAGUCAGUGAGGAUCUACUACAGGAACAGGACUGAGAGUCAGUGAGGAUCUACAGGAACAGGACUGAGAGUCAGUGAGGAUCUACAGGAACAGGACUGAGAGUCAGUGAGGGUCUACAGGAACAGGACUAAGAGUCGGUGAGGGUCUACAGGAACAGGACGGAGAGUCAGUGAGGAUCUACUACAGGGACAGGACUGAGAGUCAGUGAGGAUCUACUACAGGAACAGGACUGAGAGUCAGUGAGGGUCUACAGGAACAGGACUGAGAGUCAGUGAGGAUCUACUACAGGAACAGGACUGAGAGUCAGUGAGGAUCUACAGGGACAGGACUGAGAGUCAGUGAGGAUCUACAGGAACAGGACAGAGUCAGUGAGGGUCUACACAGGAACAGGACAGAGUCAGUGAGGAUCUACACAGGAACAGGACUGAGUCAGUGAAGACUGAAUUGAAGCUCAAUCCGUUCACCACUGUUUGGUAAUCAGAAGCGACCUCAAUUCUCUGCGCGCGCACGGACCUCAUGCCGUUUUCCACUGAGAUGCCAGAUAGAAUUCCUGCCUGGAACAAAACCUCAGUUCUGGGAAUAACACGGCCAUUCUCCGUCGGAAUUCUCUGAAAUGAUUCAGUAUUGUUCUAGCAGACACGAAAUUAACAUUUUGCGUAAAAAGUUUUUUUUUUUUUUUGGUUCCGGACCGGCGUUUUAAAGGAACACAUCGAGCAGACCUGCUCGAACCGAGAGAGCUCAUCAGCAUGAAGGUAACUGGUGUCUACGGAGUCUGUACAACAGCUUCAUUAACUCUCAAACUCAGAUAAAACUGUUUAAAAGUCGAGCUGCUGGUGAGAGAACAAACACAGAAUGGAUUCUGAGAGCUGAAGGACAGACAGGUUGUGAACGUCCUCAGGAGUGAUGGAGGCGUUGGAGCAAAUUCCCACGGAAAGUGAGUUGGUUCUCCAGGCGAAACUGCUGUGCAGGGAGUUCAUGUACUCCAGAAUAACUCGGGAAGGACUGAGCUGGUGUCGAGUGGAAGCCGCUCCACCUGCAGCUCCUGCAGCUCUCACACACGCAGCACUGGUGCUCCUCAAGCUGGGUGACGAACUUGAGAACAUGAGGCCACACGUUUAUCGAAACAUCGCCAAGCAGCUGAAUAUCUCGGUGGCGAUGGAGGCUGUGGUGUCGGACGCGUUUCUGUAUGUAGCGACUGAAAUCCUCUCCCUCGGGAUCACAUGGGGGAAAGUGGUGGCCAUCUUUGCGGUGGCUGGUGGUCUGGCGGUGGACUGUGUGCGACAGGAGCGUGCGGCUGUAGUGCACACUAUAGAGGAAAGUCUAGGGGAGUUUGUGAGGAAGAGCCUAGUGCCCUGGCUCAGGAGGAGAGGAGGAUGGGGCGACAUUUUGAAGUGUGUGAGGAACGUAGAGAACCGCACUCAAACACACUGGAUCUCAUCAGUCAUACUGACCUGGAGACACCUUUUGAAUAUGAUCUAUAUCUACCUGAUGAAGUAACUGUGAGGCAUGAAGGACAUUUUUAACCUCUUUAGCGCUCCAAAUGGUCAGACGGUGCCCUCUAGUGGCUCCACUCUGUAAUACACUUAAAAUCCAUUCUCGGUUUCAA